AUGCAGCAUCACACCCACCAUCAGCAGCAGGGUCCUGUUCCGCCCCAUUUGCAACACUCCCGGCCCUCGAGCGUUGUCCACCAGCAUCACAGCCAGACCCCGGCACAACCGCAGCCGCCGCAGCCUCCCCAACAUUCAAGCGCGUACUCGUACCCUCAGCAGAACCAGGGGGCAAAUUCGCAAGACCACGGCCUGCCCUAUUACGCCCACGCGAGCCCCUACAGCACGCCAGGUGCGACUAGCGGAUACACCUCUGCAGACACGGGCGAUAUGAUGGCUGCCACGAUGCCGAGGCCGUACCCGCCAAUCUCGUACCACACUCCGCAGUCGAACUCGCCGGCUUCAGUGGCGUCGCCCUCGGGUCACGACCAGCAGAGAAGCAUGUACGCACAACCUCCUUCGCAACUGCACCAGCAGUCGAUGUACUAUGCUCCGCCUCAACAACAGUAUUCAUCCAUGCCGGCCCAGGCGGGGCAGUCGCCGUACGCGCAACACCCGCAGCACGCGCAACAGUCGCACCAGCCCAUGGGUUCGCAGCCGGGCAUGAUGAUGUCGCACACGCCCCCUCAGCACUCCAUCAGCCAGCAUGCACCGCAGCAUCCGCAAUCAGGGGUGACAGUCAGCCCGCGUCCGGAUACGAAGAUCGAGACGCACGGCCUGAACCAGCGGAUGCCAGGAACCUCUGCCCCCGUUUCCAUGGGGAGCGCCUCGUCAACGAGCCCUCAGAACGGCGCUUUGUCGACACCAACCACGUCAACCGCUGGUGGUGUGAAUCCUAAUGCCGCUCCUGGCCCGAUCCCGGCCACUACGCCGCUAGUGGUUAGGCAGGAUACGAACGGCGUCCAGUGGAUUGCGUUCGAGUAUUCACGGGACCGCGUCAAGAUGGAGUACACGAUCCGCUGCGACGUCGAAUCGGUGAACCAGGACGAGCUGACGGCGGAGUUCAAGGCCGAGAACUGCGUCUACCCUCGCGCUUGCUGCCCCAAGGACCAGUACCGCGGCAACCGGCUGCAAUACGAGACGGAGUGCAACUCGGUGGGCUGGGCGCUGGCAUCGUUGAACCCACCACUGCGCGGCAAGAGGGGCCUGAUUCAGCGGGCCGUGGACAGUUGGCGUAACAGCAACCAGGACCCGCGCCUGAGGAGCCGUCGCGUCCGCCGCAUGGCAAAGAUGAAUUACCGCAAUAGCGGCAAAGCUGGUUCGACCACCCCCCACACUCCCCACAUGCCUGCCGCCGCCGCCCCCGGCUCGACGGGCAUGUCGACACCGACACCCAUGGGCGCCGGCACCAACGCGGCCAUGGGCAAGCCCGGGCUCAACAACAUGGCGCCGCAAAUGCACCAUCACCACGGCGGCCAACCGGACGGAAGCGCUCAGGGAGGAGACGAAGUCGGCCAAGGAGACUAUGCUGACGACCAGCACCACCACCAUCACCACCAGCCCGCCGCCGCCCAGCCCGGCGCUGAAGAACGGCCUGCCCAAGUGUUUACCGGCUACGGCCACUACAGCGGUGCACCACACGGUCCGUCUAUGUCAUCGAUCCACGACACGCACGGCAAUUCCGCCCACGGUGCCGCCAUGGCGGCUCACCGGUCGAGUCUCUCGCGCGGCGUUCCGGACGCGCCCGCGGAUCUCUUCCCGGACAUCCCCGAGGCCAAGAAGCGCAAGUUCAUUCUCGUCGAGGACACGGAUCGCCACAGCCGCCUGAGGGUGCGCGUCACGCUGGACGUCGUUGACACGCGCGAGAUCCCGGACAGCUUCCGCAAGAAGAACAGCGUCUACCCGCGGUCCUUCUUCCCGCGUGAGAUGCAGAGCCCCCCUCCUAGUGCGACGGGCAGCAGGUUUUUUACUGAGGAUGCGAGCGAUGCCGACGAUGAUGGGAUCACCGAGACGGAGGGCCGCGGGGCGCCGCGCGGCGGGCGUUCUUCGAGGCGCGCUGGCAGGUGCAUGGUCAAGGUGCCCUUGGCGGAAGGACAGGAGGGUGAAGUCGCAGUCCCCCGGAUCCGCAGGGCGACGAGGGGCAAGGAGGUCCGUCUGAACGAUCUGGGUUAUCGGAUGGCGUGGCUGCAGAGCCGUGUCUUUGCGGAGCGGACCGUGUUCCUGCAGCGAGCAUUGGAUUGCUACCGCAACAAGACGCGGGCCGCCAUGGAGAGCGUCAGCCAGGACAUCAAGACGGAGGCGCCGCACUACGAGACGCGCGUCGGGAAGCGCAAGUGGAACGAGCGCGUUCGUCUGGGCGGCGAAAAGGACGACGAGUAG